AUGCACAGAAUCAGCGUAAUAGCGCUUGUAGCGCUGUGUCUGGGCCUGGCGAGCGCAUCAAAGCCCGCGCGGCCUGCCACGGUCUCGUACCCGCUUUUCGUUGGCGUAAUCGACCUACGCACCGUACCGGGCGCUGAUGACGCGGCGGCACCCGCCACCAUUCAAGCCAAGGGCGUCGUGCGCCGUGCGGCCGGCUACCCCGCCGCGCCCACCUUGUCCAUACGGCCUAUCGAGCGCCUCAGGCCGGCAAAGGAUGGGGUCGACGGGGACGGGUACAGCGCAGCCCCUGUCCUCCGAGACAGCGCAAGCCUGAAGCCGCGCGCUGCCGCCGCUCCGGAAAAGCAGCCAUCCGUCGCGCCGGCCGCCGCCGCUCCCACCGCGCCCGCUGGCGCCACCCGCCGCCUGCUGGACGCAUCCCCGCGCGAACCGCCCCGCCGCCGCGCGCCCAACAGCCGCGGCGGCUUCCCCGCCGCCGCGCCGGCGGGGCCCUUUGCCGGCGGCGGCGCGGGGGCUGGCGCGUCCCUUGCGGCGUCCGAGACGCGUGCCCUGCACGUCACGGACGGCGUUCUUGCCGUGUACGCCCUCGCCCCGAAAUCGGGCGCCCGCAACGGCACGCGCACAUUGAUCCGCCUCCAAGACCUCUUCGCGCCCGUCGGGUCCUCGAACUGCCGCGACGGCGUCUACGACGCGCACGCGGCGUACGACCCGCACGCGAAGCGCUUCUACGUCGCGGCGGCGUGCGGCGGCUCGGGGUCGGCGCUGCUCGCGGUGUCCGCCUCGGCGGAGCCGCACGCGGCAUGGUACCUCUACAACCUGAACGCUGACGGCGUCGGCACGCGCCUCGCGUGCGCCAACGGCGAGGCGGCGCUCGUUGAUUACCCGCGGCUGCACUUCAACUGGGACGCCAUCGCGGUCUCCCUGCACUCCUACUGCCCCAGCUCCGGCGGCGCGCGCGGCGCGGCCGGCCACGGUGCCGCGCUGCUCGUGUUGCCCAAGGGCGCGGCUUCCAAGGGCGAGUCGCGCCUCUCGUACCCGGUUUUCACGUCGUACGAGGUUGCGCAGGCGGUGGAAGGCGGGGAGUCUCUGCCUGGUGGCAUUGUGCAGCUGGAGCCGGUGGCGGCGCAGCGCGAGGAGGACGUGGCUCAGGGCAGCAUGUACUUUGUGGCCGACCUGGCAGUGCCCAAGGGGCAGCUGCGCCGCAACUUCCUGCUGGUCGCCCUCACCAACACCGGCGCCAUGUGGGGUUUCACGACAGACUCAGACAGCCCGGCCGACGCAGUGACGCCCUUCCUCACAGCCUCGCUGGCAGACCGCGGCUCGGCCGUGGCGGCGCCGGCGCAGGGCAGCGUGAUGACGCAGCCGGAGGGCGCGCCUGCGCUGGAGGUGUCGCGGCUGCCAGCUGGGUUCUGGUCGGGCCGGGCCGUCUGGGCUUCAGGCAAGGUCUGGCUUGUGGAUGAGGUGGCGUCAGAUAGUGAUGCCCGCACCCCCACCCUCGCGUGGGCCGUGCUGCAGCCGACCCUAACCACCUCCGGAGGCGGCUCGUGCGCAGCGACAUCAGCCUGGGGCGAGGGCUUUGACUUUGGCGCCGAUGUCAGCUCGACCUUCGCCGCGGCGGUGCAGCCCGCUUGGGAGGAGUUUGUCACCCGGUCAGUCAACGCGUCCGCCCUCUUGGUCCAGGCCACGGCGCUGUACGGCGACCGCAUCGCGCCCACAAAAGAGGGCACCGUGGUCGCGGCGUCCCCCGGUGACAUGGAGGUGACCCAGCAGCUCACUCGCACCGACGUCAGCCCGUUCUUCAUUCCGGUCAGCGCCAUCCCCAGGACCAGCGCUGCUGCCGUGGCGGCGCCGGGGCAGCUGACGGCCGCCGCCGUGUACGGCAAGAGCGGCGGCCGCGGCGGCUUUGAGGGUUGGUCCUGCUGGUCGUGCGCGCCGGGCAAGGCCGGGUUCGUGUCGGCCGCGUCUUCGUACAACUUCGGCCUGUCACCCGGUUACAGUGGUUACAACAACUACGGUGGCGUCGGGUCUGGUUACUUCCCGGGCGGCGACAUCGCCGGCACCAACGGCUGGCGCAACGCCGGCUGGGGCGGCGGGCCGGCCGGCAACUUCGGGCCGGGCCCCUAUGGCGGCGGUUACGGCACGGGCGGCUGGGCUGGCGGUUACUUCGGCGGCUUCUUCUCGGGUUCCAACGUUGGUGGCGUCAACUGGGGCUCGUCCUGCCAGAUCAUGUGCCAGCGCUCCUUCCUGGGCACUGGCGGCGUGUACGGCUGGGGCACCGGCCUCGCGCCCGGCGGCUGGGGACCGUUUGGCGCGUUCCCCUUUGGCCUCGGCCGCGGGGGCUGGGGCCACCGCAGGCUGGCACAGGCGCAGGCGCAGGCGGCCGAGCGGCCGGUGGAGGCCGCGGCUGCGUCCAAGGCGACGGCGGCGGGCGAGGCGGAGGCAGCGAAGCUCAAGGCGGCCGCGUCCGCUGCCUCGUUCGAGAACGCGUCCAGCGGCGUGCUCACCGCCCAGGUGUCCGCCUCCAAGUCGCUCCGCCCCGUGUGCGUCGCGCCCGCGGCGUCCUGCACGGCGGCGGCGCGCGCCAGCUGCCCGGCCGGCGGCGAGCCGGCCGCCGCGCUGUCGGCGGCGAUGGUGCAGCACGGGUCGCUGGCGCAGUCCCCGGCGGCCAGCGGGCUCGCGCUCGCGGCGCCGGCGUUGGCGGUGUCGCGGCAGGGCGUUAUGAUGGUGGCUGCCACCUACUCUGGGGCUGGGAAGGUGAAGGGCUCUUCGGGGCCGGCAUACCCAGGUGUGGCGUCCAUCACCAUCACCCCUGGCUCCGGCGCUGCCACGCUCCGCAUCGAGCAGCGCGGCACGCAGCCCCUCACGCGCGAGGCCGUCAAGGCCGCGGGCGUGUGGCCGGUGCCGCCGGCGAUGGCGGUGCAGGCGGGCACAGGCACUGUCUACGUGACCGCUGAGAAGCUGCCCGGCAGCUCCGCGGGUGCCUGGGUUUCCAUCCUGGAGGCGUAA